AUAUUGCUAACUGAUCGUUGGCUUAUUGCUAUCUGAUCACUAUUUUAUUUUGCUAACUGACCGCUAAUUGUUCACUAUCUUGUUGCUAACUGAUCGCUGUUUUAUUUUGCUAACUGAACGCUAAUUGAUCACUAUCUUAUUGCUAACUGAUCGCUAUUUUAUUUUGUUAACUUAUCGCUAAUUGAUCACUAUCUUAUUGCUAACUGAUCGCAAUUUUAUUUUGUUAACUGAUCGCUAAUUGAUCACUAUUUUAUUGCUAACUGAUCGCUAUUUUAUUUUGUUAACUGAUCACUAAUUGAUCACUAUCUUAUUGCUAACUGAUAGCUAUUUUAUUUUGCUAACUGAUCAUCAUUUUUAUUUUGCUAACUGAUCACUAUUUUUAUUUUGCUAACUGAUCACUAUUUUUAUUUUGCUAACUGAUCGCUAACUGAUCACUAUCUUAUUGUUGACCGAUUGCUGGCUUUUUGCUAACAAUCGCUAGCUUAUUGCUAACUGAUCACUAGCUUAUUGCUAACUGAUCACUAUCUGAUUGCUGACUGAUUAUUAGCUUAUUGCUAAUUGACUACUAUGUUAUUGCUAGUUGAUCGCUAUAUUAUUACUAACCGAUCAUUUACUGAUCACUAGCUUAUAGCUAACUGCUGGCUAAUUAAUUGCUAACUGAUCGCUAAUUAAAUGCUAACUGAUCGCUAACUUAUUACCAACGGAUCGCUAGCUUAUUACUAACUGAUUGCUAGCUGAUUGCUUACUGAUUGCUAACAGAUAUCUAGCUGAUCACAAGCUGAUCGCUAACUGAUCUCUUGCUUAUUGUUAAUUGAUCUGUAGCUUAUCCUUUAGCUGAUCGAUACCUGGUUGCGAGCUUAUUGCUAACUGAUUGAUGGCUAAUGUGUUUGUGUUUUUGUUUUUGCAGGCGCUGUACAACUCCAUCAAGACCCAGAAGCUGCAAUGGACACUCGACGAGGAGGAACUGCGCAAGUCCUUCUCAGAGCUGGGGGACAGCUUGGGCGACUGCUCCAGAUCCACCAAGAUGGCAGGCGGCGGGCAGGCGGCACCAGAGGACACGCCUCCGUUACCCGGAACAUCCAUGUAUAAAAACGGAUUCCUGGUGCGCAAAGUGCACGCAGACUCUGACGGCAAGAGAACGCCGAGGGGAAAGCGAGGCUGGAAGACUUUCUACGCCAUCUUGAAGGGACUCAUUCUCUACCUGCAGAAGGGCGAGUACCGAGCCGACAAGCCGCUGUCGGACCACGACCUGAAGAACGCCGUGUCCAUCCAUCACUCGCUCGCCAUCAGAGCCUGCGACUACAACAAACGUGCCAACGUCUUCUACCUGCGCACCGCCGACUGGAAGCUCCUCCUCUUCCAGGCGCCGAGUGCAGAGCAGAUGCAGUCGUGGAUUACUCGCAUCAACACGGUGGCGGCCAUGUUUUCAGCUCCGCCCUUCCCACCAGCUACAUACUCCCAAAAGAAGUUCAGCCGACCGCUGUUGCCUGGAACCUUGUCUAAACUGCCUGAGGAGGAGCAGAUCCGGUCCCACGAGGCUCGCUUCCGCGCCGUCUCCUCAGAGCUGGCCGAGCUGCGCUCUUACCCCCCUGACCGCAAGGUUAAAGGUCGCGAGCUGGACGAGUAUCGGCAGAGAGACGAGUAUCUGGACUUUGAGAAAAGGCGUUACGAGACCUACGUGGCGCUGCUGCGGGCCAAGAUGCGGAGCGGCGAGGAGGACCUGUCCACGCUGGAGUGGCAGCUGCUGGAGGAGGGCGGUCUUCAGCGGGCCCAGUCCAGCCCCACCCUGCAGGACGCCAAGCCGGGCCAGUCCAGCCCCCCCCUGCAGGACAGCACACGUGAGGGCCAGAGACACAGCUACCGCCAGGCCGUGAAGAAGUGAGGCGGACACGCUGCUUGGCUUUUAUUUGGCACCCUGCGGCAGGAGCCAGGGUCCACACGACGCCCUCGCCAACGCCGUGCCCAGCACCCGGGUCACGUGAUUGGCUGGGCGAGGACUAUGGCGCCCAAUGUGGCGCAUGGCGAGAACAGGAAGGUGCUGAUGAGAAACACAAACUUUUCUUUCCGCCAUAUUUGUCAUGUUGGAGCUUCUUGCUUUCGCCGCCAUCUCGUCGCACUUCCUCCCUUCUCUUUGGUUGCCAUGACGGCCAGCUGUCAAUCAUUAUGUCCACUUCAAAACUUCUGUCGUCCACUUGUCUGCCCGGUUACCGUGGUUACCACCCCGGAGGCAGCUUGCUGAAUGUUGCUGUAAAUAAAGCAUGAUGGCGAUGAUUGAACGACGAGAAUGUUUUUCGUCUUUCUGCUUUUAUUUUGUCCAGCUAAGAAAAAUGUUGAAUAAAACGCUUGAAGAAGUUGAGUGUUGGAACCAUAGACAUGUUCUAAGAGUACGCAGCAUGGAGCGCUACUGCCUACUGGCGCUGACGAGACGCGGGCCGCCAUCUUGGAGUGGUGAUCAGUGCAAUUCAUUUGGCAGGAGCAAUGAAGUGUCAUUCAUCUUACCUCACACGCUUUUUUGUCAUACGUGUAGCUAUGAUAAAGGACACAUGUUUUAUUAUUCAUAGUUUGCUUAACACUAAUAGAAUAUUCUUAUAUGCUAGAAGGGACCAGACGUCCCAGAUCAAAACUGGGAAUAUAAUCCCAGAGAAGGGUCAGCUAUUUUGAAGUUGAAGAAACAAUAUGAUGAGGUUAUAUAUACAUGCUACAUAAACAAUACAUUAGAUAUCUAUAGACUGUAUCUCUGUUGCUGCAGCAGCAGAGAGUUGAUUCUGUCUUGACACUUUGUAUUGAUAUUUUCUAUUACAUUCUUCCCUUAAAUGAUCAUGUUUACAGUCAUUGUUUUAUAUGUAUUUUUGAUGUAUGUCGCUUUGGAUAAAAGCGUCUGCCAAAUACUUCAACAUAAACAUAUAUAAACACCUGAAAGUGUGGCCAUGGAUGAAGUGCUGGCUGUCCAGAGUCGGGACCCGGGGUGGACCGCUCGCCUGUGCAUCGGUUGGGAACAUCUCUGCGCUGCUGACCCGUCUCCGCUCGGGAUGGUGUCCUGCUGGCCCCAC